UCCGCGAAUGCACGCUCCAGUUCGGCUCGACUACGGGCGCACGGAGCUCGACGCGGCCCCGACGCGACCCCGACGCAUUUUGGACUCUACUGCGUGCAUCUGGACCGAACCGCGGAACACGCGCGCUCCGGUGCGAGCGAGACAAACACUUGGUGAAGGAUUUCCCCCCUCCGGUGUUCAAAGACGACGAGCGUUUUUAUUCCGUGAUCAGUUAGCGGAACCAGGUCCCCGUGUGGUCCGGCCUGAACUCAGGAGAGUGGAAAGACGACACGGAGCCGCACACGUCCCGGGAAUCCGGUGGCAUGGGAGGCUGGUGCCGGGCAGUGGAGAGGUCCUGCUGACUCCUCCGGAGCUCCGGAACAAAAGGAAUGCCAGCCGGGAGAUGGCAUUUCUAAUGCCCCCUGCUGCCGUGCGUAAAAUUUUUUGAGCGAAAAUAGAGGAAGUACCCAGUACCCCGUCCCUCUGCGCACAGGCGUUUUCUGCGCCAUUCGUCCAUGGCCCAGCAGUCAGUAAGACAUUUUCAGUAGUUGUCAACAAUCACACAAGGGGAGCCUGCUAUUGAACAUGACUCAUGGGGAGGAGCCAUGCCCUGAGACACAACAGGAUUCAGCUGUUUUAACUUAUCUGGAAGGUUUACUAAUGCAUCCGGUUGCAUCUGGGCCUGGUGCCACAGCGACAGGUAGGUUAUCAGGCGCUGGCAACAGUCAUGGGGAGCCAGGAGGCCAGGGGACCGGUGACGUGCGGCUGCCCGAGCACGGCAGCAGUCCUGGAGCAGCCUCCCAGCACCUUAAGAAGGCACGGCUGCUUCGCUCGGGAGCCUGGGGCGAGGCGGACGAGCGGAAGACGGCCGCCCCCGUGGUGGAGGCGAACGGGCAGGGUGGGGAGCACGGCGCGGCGGCGGGGGAGAGUACCCUGCUGGCCUCCCUACUGCAGUCCUUCAGCUCACGCUUGCAGACCGUGGCCAUGUCGCAGGUCACUCAGGGCCACGAACAGCUCGGCGUGGAGCAUGCGGAGGUGGGCCCCGCCGGCCAGCGCCCCUUCCCUGGGUACUGCACGGCGUCCAGCCGACUCAGAGGGCUCAUGCGGAGGAUCAAGCAGCAAGGCCACGACACGGCGCCUUACGGCCGGCGUGACGACACCGGCCGAGACCACCGGCCCGACUCGCCCCCUCCCUCCAGGGGCUCGCCGCCAGACGCCGUGUCUUGUGCCGAGCGGCUAAAGGCGGUGGCAAGUCUCGUGAAGAGCAGGUCCAGCCCUGCGGCCUCCCCUAAGCCCAGUGCCACCUGCAGUCAGCUCGCCCUGCUGCUCUCCAGCGAAGCUCACCUGCAGGAGUACUCCCGAGAGCAGGCCUUAAAAGCACAACUGUCGGGCCGACUCGCCAGCGAGCGGUUGGCGGCCAUGGCCACCCAGCAGUCUAAAGAACACCGACCCCCCAGCGUGGGAGAGACGAGGAUCGCUCCAGACGUGCUCAGCUCCUUCAACGCCCUCAAUGGAACACUUCCCUCCCCGACGAUGACUUGCAGCAAGAGGAGCCCGUCCUUGACCCCAGGCCAGGGUGCACCGGCCGGUUCCUCCCGGCCUGUUCCACACCCCGCGAAGGAGAAACGCCCGUUUGACCGGCACGGCGGUCGGCCCCCACAGACCUGCAGCAGCCUACUCCUGCUCCUGCUCGACAACCACAACUCCCAGAAGCACCUCACCAAGAACGGGCACCUGGACGACGACUACGCCGCGCCGCGCAGCCGGGCUUCGUCCCACCAGUCCGACAGCGAGUGCUCCAACCUGGAGAACAGCUUGACCAAAGACAGCAGUGAUGUGGAGAGCUGCUACUCCAGCUGCUCCCCUAUUGACCUCUCCCUCAGGAGCAGGGGUUUCAGCCAAAAGCCGGAGGAGCCCUCCUCCUCUACCUCCUCGUCUUUGGACAAGCUAACGGAGACGCUUAUAAACAAGUGGAAGCCGGAGACUCCCGGGCCAAAGGUCCCUGAGGCGAUGGAGCUGGAAACGAGCCCGGACGAAAAAUCGCAUCACAAGGUCACUCUCAUGCAGUUACUGUUGGACCACAAAAAUAACGAGAAGGUAAACAAAGUUGGGGAUAAUCCAGAUUUGCAGCAUGACGCCGGCCUCGGCGCCAUGGCUGGAGGCCCAUCUAAACAGCUCAGCACGUUGGCGGAGAGCAGGACCCAGCAUCCCCUCGAGCAGCUGUCCACGACGACCCUCGCUGCAGACACAAGCAGCACUCCUUCCCCGUUCUCUUAUUCAUCCCCCUUUGGUCAGUCCAGUCCACUGGACCUUUGUAAGUCUAAGCAUUACCCCAGGGAGAAAAUGGUGGAAUCCACCUUCAGCGCCAGUAAGCUGUUACAGAAUCUGGCUCAGUGUGGUUUACAGAAUCCAUCUCCCUCGCCUCCUCUGCAAGCCAGCAGGCCGCCGAGUAAAAGGCAAAGCCCAGAACUCGAGCCGGACAGGCCUCAGACUCUUCUGGACAGGCUAGUUGCUCCAGUCAGGAACAAAACUCCUUUAUUUGAACCACCCCCUGCCUCUUUCGCACCAUUGGGGCGAGAGCGCUCGCCUCCGGCGUCGGCACAAAUCGAGAACCUCCUGGAGAGGCGCACCAUACUGCAGCUGUUGUUGGGCACUGCCUCCCACAAGGAAAAAUCCACAGGGAGGAGUAGCGCCGAAGCAGCCGCCGGAGCCUUGGAGAAGCCUUCGGGGGCCCCUGUCAUCUGCGACAGCUCGAACGGACCUUCACCGAACGUUAGGAUCAAAACCGAGCCCGCCGAGGAGAGCUUUCUCUCCGACAGCUCCGACGACGGAGGACACCGCCGGAGAUGGGGACGCGAGAGACAUGGUGCCCUUGCAGAGGCGCGUGGCGGCGAUAAAGCCGAGGGGUGCCCCGCGGAUGCUGCCGCCAAAUACGGCCUCCUGAGCCAGCUGUUGAAACAGCAGAGCUCUACCUGUCACUCGAGCCCUGGAGAGCUGCCUGUGAGCACGGUGAAAGAGGAGACGCCUGAUUUUCAGGGACCGCUUCCUAAAAAGAGAAGGCUCUGCUUGGAGCUGGCUGAGCACCUCAGCAGCGAACUGUGCCAGAGACCACUGGAUACUGUGAAUGAGCGUCUGGCGUCUGGAGCCCAGGAGGAACAUGGCAGCGUGAGGCUACUGAGUCCGAAAGAAGAGGACUCUCUUAUAAAGUGUCCUGCUAGGAAAGCUCCCCCGAGAGAGAGCCAAAGCUUCAAUGUUUUGAAGCAGCUCCUUCUGUCAGACAACUGUCUGAAGGAGCUGUCUCAAUCCCGGGAGGCAGCCAACUCUUUUCUCCCACAAGGGAACCGCAAAGCCAAUGGGAACUUCGGCCCGUUCAGUUGCAAUCCUGAACCGAUGAACCUGCCGUGGCUCCCCCAGACUCUCAACUCAGGGCCCGGUAAUCUUCAGACACUCUCGUUCCCGCCAGGAAACAGCACCCUGGGAUCACCCUGGCCUGAAGGCGCCCCUAAACCCAGCCCCACAAAUGUGAAAAGAGAGACCGAAAGCUCACCGAAGUGGGUACCCGGUGGGGAGGGGAAACGCGAAUCCUGCCUGCACUCUCGACCCCUCACGAGGUCUAAUCCUAUAUUGUACUACAUGCUACAGAGGGGUAGUGCCGGCCUCAGAAAGGGGAUGCAGGAUCUCGGGCAGAGGACGCACUGCGGGGUUACAGUCAAAGAAGAACCAUGUACUGAUGUAAGGUACCACGAGCGCAGACUGAGCACCGUGCGGAGCUCGCCGACCCACGGCGGGAGACACAGCCACGGUGGUGAGCAUCUCAAUGGCUCGUUAAAAAAACUGUAAAUCUGAACUGCCAAAGAGUGACGUUUGAGAAAUGAGUGAGAGUUGCUUUAUUGGUAUGAUUUAUUUUGUUGUUGUUGUUGUUGUUGUUUUUGUUGUUGUUGUUGUUUGCUUUAGAUUUAUUUUAUUUUUAAUUUUUUUAAUAAAAAGUCAACUAUGUGAUUUUUGACCAUGCAAGUUUAUCCAAAGCAUUUGAGAUCCGAAACAGAUGUUAGCUUGUUUUAUUUUCUCCCGUUUUUGUCUGGCGUAGUGUUUUUCACACUCAUGCCUUGUAGUGAGAUUAAUCACGCUGGUGCCAAAUUGGGAGUAUUGCAUGAUUUAGCAUUAGCGCUGUCCGUUUACCAACUUCCCUUUCAUUUAUUUGAAUGCAUUUAUCUUUAAUGUGUGUUUUAUACAGGUCUUGGUUUUGGUUUUUUUGGCCUGCAUGCUACAAAAAUAUCACAGUUUUCCUUCUUCUAUAUAAAAAAACAUUUAUGAAGUACAUACUGUUGUUUAUUAUUGAUGACUCCAAAAAGGUUACUGCUAGAUUUAUUUUGUAUUUAUUUGUCCAUUUUAUCUAAAUCUGGAAUCUUCACUGUUUUGAGGCUAACUAAAUUAUCCGGUAAUAAGCACAAUGCUACAGAAGCAUUUUUGGCAUUAGAACAUAAUGUCAUUAAGAGACCAGCAACAGGUGAUAGGUUAUGCAGUUUAAUCAGGCACCUUUUAUUCCUGAGCUAACUGAGAUAAAUAAAUGAUUGUGCCACAAAAAUCUCUCUUGGCAUCUAUGGGGAAUGAUGCAAAGGUUUUAUAUGUGAUAAUAUUGCUGGUGAAGUUGUAAGCUAUGUCAAAUUUACAGUGCUUUAAUAUUUUUUCAUCAGGAAUGAUUCUCUAGAUGUUGUUUGGUGUUUAUGGCAUGGAUACAGAAAUUCAAGUGUAAUAUUUUUAGCUGUUAAAGUAUCUUUUUACAGUUUUGUAUCAUUCAUUGUUUUGUACUUUAUAUACAUGUAUGUAACAUUUCACAAACUUACGAUGUCAAAUAUGACACUUUUGGAAAGUUGAUAUAGCCCCAGCCCCAAAGAUGUGAGUAGAUGUUUAUGAAUUACUGGAAUGAUUUCUGUUCACACACACACGCACGCACGCACGCAAGCACACACGGGUACAUUAUGGUCAAUUAUAGAAGGAUAGUAUCACGUGAACCUAACAGUCAACUGUGAAGGUCGACUUUAGCGAUUAUUUAAAGGAUAACUUGCAACCUGCAUUUUUCUUUUUCUGUACUAAGGCCUAGCGUACGCUCAGUCUUAAGCCUUUCCUUUGUGUGAUGGAUACAUGUUAACGUUUGUGUAAAUAGUGCUUUCAUGAUGAAAGAUUACUAUUUUGUAUUGUUUAAACAAAAAAUAGUUUUUAUUGUCCUGGAUUGUACAUAUCAUAUCUGUGUAAUAAUGUAAUAUAAAUCCAGAAGAAAACCUACUGCUUUUUCUUUUCUUUUCGCAUGUGUCUGUGUGUUGUGCGCUAAUGAUAACCUCUCUUACAGCCUGUCUAAUCUCGCCACUCCUCGCCACUGCGUGCAGCUGCAUGGAAAGGCUGUGUGCCUACUGGAAUUGGGGAAAUGUCUUAAAAUAAAUGUCCGGUGUUGGUGGGUUUGAUUUUAAAUCGCGGAUAAACACCACUAGUCCACAAGCGCGGCCAUAGCGCGAGUGUCCAAAACGUGGUGAGACAAAUGUCCAGCUGGUUUGAGUUUUCUUUGUGAUCUCCCGUUCUGUUACUGGUUUAAACAGUGCUCAGAGUUCAGUUUAGAGUCGCAUGACUCGCGCCAUACAACAAAAAAAAAAAUUAAAAGGGGGGCGGAAAAAAAACAUUUGUAGCGAAAAUCUGUUUCAUAUAUAUCUUUGUGACAACCAUGUUUUACAUUUUUAUGAUUUAUUUUCUGGUGUUUAUUUGCACUGAUAUAAAUAAAAUACUGAAAUGUUCAAAA